AUGCCUCAAUCCGUACUCGAAGGCCGAAUCGUCAAGAGAGGCCAAACUUCUCGGAAACAGUCGCAAGCUGCGACUCAACUGACCACCAGACCCAAGGCUGAGAAGAAUGGAAGAGCCAAGCAAAACAAAGAGCUGGCAAAUCACAAACACAAAGAAGCCAUCAAAUACUACUAUCUCACACGUCGAUAUACCCUUCAAAAACUCCAUGAGGCAAUGGAAAUAAUUUUCAAGGUUGGAGCAACCUCUAAACAGUAUUCAGGUUAUGUCGACAAAUGCAAUUUCAGAAAGAAACUGACAAAGGAGGAGUGGGAAUCAGUAGCAGCAUACUGCUACAAGUCCCACGCUCUGGGCCAAGAAGUUGCAAUUAAACUGAAUGGGCAAUAUAUACUUGAACCGCAAACCGUCAGGAAAGAGCUUCCACGAAACAUUUCGCUUGGGGUACAGAAUAAAAUUCGACGUCAAGAAAUCGCGAUUCCACCAAUUUCACAAUGGCCACUGCGUGUGGGACAACUUGAAGUGUGCAUCCCGACAGUUAACACCACCAUCCAAAGAAUGCCCCAGUCAGUCUGGAGACGUCUUCCUGCUUGGGAAUCACAGAAGCCGCUACUCCAAAUUUGCCAGAAAACCUGUCAAAGGUUCGGUCAAACGGAGAUGGGGAUUGGCAGGCUUGCCAAUAGCAACUAUUUCAAAUACCUGAGGACUCUUCUGUACCGGCUUUCCAACAGUUUGAUUAAAUUUGAUGUGCUAUACAGACUUCUGGACAAAGUUGAGAGCUUAGGAUUUCGAUCCUCAUUGAAAGAACUGUUAUCCUUCAAGACAAACACAGUUAGGGUAGCGGCAGAAAAUAUUUUACCCCUUCUCAUUUUCCGAUGCGACGAAGAUCUCAUAGAACACAUAUUUGGAAUCCAUGGCGUCUUGCAGCCGCCGGCGAAUUGCUACGAAGCUAUACUUCAACUACUAGAACCAGGGUUAUAUAUGAUAGUUCGGUCUAACUGCUUUAAAUCUUCGCAUGUGCCAGAUGGAUUUAGCGGUUGGCCUGGUCUCGAGGAUCUAGUCGAUUUUUCUCAUCACCAAGCGGGCAAGGCUCUUGUGACUUUUCUCCAGUCGCAACAGAUUGUUCCUUCCACACUCUCUGAGGCUGCUAUACUUGUUGCCUGCGUGAUUGACUGGGGGCUCAUAUCAAUCACUACGAUGAAACAGAUGCUACCAAGUUGCUUUGAUUGGGGAGAUGUCGAAGCAGAAUAUGAAACUAUGUUUGAGCGGUGCAUUGCAAGAUUCAAAAACACCAUUCCAAUACAGGAUGUUCUGUCUUACGGUUUCCGGAGAAAUAUGUACAUGAAUGCCCUCAUCGCGGUUUUGGUCAACAAUUGUAAAAUCGCUUCCGAUAUUCUUCCAUUCACGGAAAUAAAUGUUCCAACGAUACCCUGCAUGGGAAAAUGCGACAAAAUUUACAACAGCUGCAAUGAUGAUUGCCUGGCAGAAACCCUCGGACUGGAGGUGUUUUCUCGCCUUGUAUCAGCCACAGCCAAGGAACAAUAUAACCAGAACCGCGAUUGGAAUCCUGAUAGUCUUCGAUAUUGGGAAGUGGGAUUGCUCAGCUGUUCGCUGACUGUUGCAUGCGGUAUGAACUAUCAACGGCUAUAUACGUUUAUCCUCAAAUAUCUUCAGAGCUGUCACUUUGGUUCCUUGCCAAGCUAUUCGGCCCACGAGAGCUCUAGCGAAGAGUCUGUGGAUGAUUAUGGGGAUUACUCUGGAGAUGAUCCUGAGUACCGAACGGGCUUUCAGAUAAGAUUACGGGAUAUUGAAAUAGUGAAUAUUCUAACAGGGGCUUUGGUAGAGAUAAUUGAUAUAGGACGCCAGGAAAUAGAUCCAUGGUACGAAAGUUUCAGGGAACAUUUCCGUGAUUUUGUGGGGAGAGAAACGGACCUUAGUCAUAAAGAACGACUCGAGCAGUGUCAAAAGAUUGUUGAAUCGGGAGCCAAAAUUGGCGAUGACACGCAAGUAUCUUUCAAAAAUUCAAAUUCAAGUUAUGAGAAGUCAACGAUCCUCAAUUAUGCUAUAGCCUUCCUAGACGUUGACCUAGUCAAGGUAUUACUAAAGUUUGGCGCGGAUCCAAAUCUCAAAGACUAUAAGGGGCGAACACCAAUCAUGAUGUUAUUGAUUAUCCUAGCUCUAAAGAGUGGUGCCGGUGUUGAAGACAAGUGGCAUUGGAUAUACAGGAAAAAAGAAUUCGGGGAGAUCCUUCAUUAUCUCCUAACGGCAGGCGCUAGAUAUCCCACCAAGAAUACGCACAUCGCGUGGAACUGGAGUACAUACAAACGCGGCCAGAGUGCCUGGAAAGAAUAUUUUACUUUUCACGAUCUGGAGACCCGUUUGCGACCGGAAUUCAUGACAGCGCUUCGUAUUGGAGACAUUGAUCAGAUAUCCAGCUUGUGGGAUGGCGAAUUUGAGCGACUUGAGCCUACAAAACCCGAGCCAUGCGGUAGCUGUGAACAUCUCAUCAAUAUUUUUGAUCAAGCUUUCGGUGAAACUGGAUGGUGGAGGAGCUUCAGUUUUAUAACUAAGCUAUGCUGGAAUACUUGGGAUCCGGGUUCUCGUUCUUAUCUAACCCUCGAUCAGGUUGUACUGGGAUUUCAAAAGAAACGAACCCAAUUCCGGACCGAAGGAAGUAUUUUAUGUAUCUUGAGGUAUAGCGGCAGACUAUCGGUAAUGAGGUAUCUCCUUAUGCUCGGCGAUGAGGUGGAGCUGUUCAAAAAGUUCAUUCUUCAUCACCCUAUCGAUGCGAAAGCGGAAAUCUCAACAUCCUUCCCCGGGGAGAUGACCCUUUUGGAACUGGCAGCUAAGAACGAAAGGGCCAAGUGUCUCCUUCUUCUGCUUCAAAAUGGAUGCAAUCCUAACGAAGAAGUCGGCGCACGUGGACCUUGUAGUAUCUCAGCAUUAAAUUAUGCCGUUGAGACCGGGCAUCUCGAAAUAGGGAAAAGUCUUCUCGAAUACGGUGCCGACAUAUAUAGGAUAUCAGGAACACAUGACCCCAAACACUUUCAAACUCCUGUUGAAUUCGCAGUAGAGCUUCGGCGACUCGAUUUCAUCGCGCUUUUCCUUCUACACAGCAUCGAGUGUCGUGACAUAGCGCUAGCUGCUGCCAAAAAGUAUGGCCACAAAACCAUAGCAAAAUGGAUAAAGGACGAAUGGAUGCCGAAGCCUCUAGACCCAACUAAUUCUCUAAGAAGCCCUUCCACAUACGAUAUCGAAGAUUAUAUACAUGAAUGGUGCUAUGAAUAG